AAGAGAGAAAAAAAGAGGGAGGCUCGUGAACAAGGGGUUGGAGAGAAACGAUGGAUGAUUGCGUGAGAGGAAGGAAGGUAGGGAAGAAGAAUAGGGGAAGCGACGAAUGGGAAGAGAAGAGGCUCGUCGACGAGUGUCUUCGCGAGAGCACAAGAAGAAGAAGGAGAGCCUCGCUGCGGAAGUUUCGCGCGCCGACACGCUAGGAAUUUCCAUCGGCAACCUAACCUUUUACAUCUUCUUCCACGUGGACGACCGAAGUCACAGAGCACGAGGAGAGGCAGGAUUCCCUCGAGAGGUCGCGGAAUUGCUGUUCCGGUUAUUUUGAAAGAUGGAUAUGAUCGACAGUCAAGACGAGAUUAGUAGCAUCGCAAGCAGCUGUGAUAUUGAAACCCAGUACGAUGAAGAGAGCGUGCCCGAUAUCGACGGAGAUGAACCGUCCAGCGAUAAGCACAAGAAAUUACCCUUUCGCAGAAGUCUGUUCGAUAACGUGGCGCCCUACAUCGCUUUUCAGUCGCACAACAAAACUGGUGAAUUUCUACCCUAUGAGAUAACGAGACACCUGAAAUGGCAUCUCAGCACGAUAACGCCGUUGAUAGUGCGCAGCGUUGUGCUGAACAGCGGCUAUCGAUUGCUGAAAAAGUGCCGGAACUGGAGCGGCAGUUGGGGCAAACAUCUCAAGUCCGUUUGCUACAAAACGUUAAACGAGUCGCAGAAGGUCAACCACUUUCCCGGGACUUUCCAAAUUGGUCGCAAGGAUCGACUGUCGCGUAAUCUCGCCCGAAUGAUGAUGAAAUACGGCAAACGGAACUUCGACUUUGUGCCGCGCACCUAUGUGCUACCUCAGGAUCUACGUGUGUUCCAUAGAGUGUGGGAAAAGACCGGCGGCAAGGAGAAAUGGAUCGUCAAACCGCCCGCCUCCGCCCGCGGAAACGGGGUUCGCGUGGUCCAUCGCUGGUCUCAGAUACCAAAGAAACGUGCCGUCGUUGUACAGCAAUAUCUAUCGCGACCGAUGUUGAUACACGGCGCAAAGUUCGAUCUGCGCCUUUACGUACUCGUCACCAGUUUCAAUCCGCUUAGAAUCUACAUCUAUCCGAACGGUCUAGUGCGCUUUGCCUCCGUCAAGUACAACGACGACAUCAACUACCUCAGCGACCGUUUCAUGCAUCUCACCAACUAUAGCAUCAACAAGACUAGCGCGACGUAUACCAACAACGACUGCGUGGAUUCGCGCACGGGACACAAAUGGACUCUGAAGACACUGUGGUCUUACCUCGAACAGGAGAACGUGAAUGUCGCUAAAAUAUGGGCGUCCAUAAAGGAUAUAGUUGUCAAGACGAUGAUAGCCGGGGAGUCUUCCAUCAAUACCUUAACGAGGAUAAACACAACUUCGAGGUACACCUGCUAUGAGCUUUUCGGAUUUGAUAUUCUUUUGGAUGAGACUCUAAAACCUUGGUUACUUGAGGUAAAUAUAUCGCCCUCUCUGCAGUCUUCCUCGGAGCUUGACAUCGCCGUUAAGGGACCCCUUGUUACGAAUGUUUUCAAUAUGGCCGGAUAUCAACUGCCCGCGAACAUACCGGAGGAAAUAGUCGAUAAACUAGCCAAGAGAUAUCAAUUAGAUCAAGUGUGCCAAGAUUAUAGACUGCACCAAAAUAAUCUUAGCUAUCACGAGCGGCACAAGCAAUCCUUGUACGCGAACUUGAGGAAUCGAGAGGAUUAUCUUGACGAAAUAAUCGAGGAUCUCACACCCGACGACGUUCGGCACUUGAUUGUGUACGAAGACGAAUUGGCGAUGUUGGGUCAGUUCGAAAAAAUUUUCCCCACUGCCGAUAGUCACCAUUACUUGCAAUUCUUCGACGUUUCGCGAUAUUACAACAUGCUGUUUGACGCGUGGGAGGCCAAAUACGACGAAAAUCGGGAGAAAGGAAUUUUCAGAUUGCAGAAGUUGUGCAAGUCCAAGUAUCAUCUCGAACAGUCGUCAUCCGGUGCGAUUUAUUAGAUAAUCUUUGUUCCGAGCGCCGUUGACGUCGAUGGUAUUAUACUCAAGAAAGCGUGAUACGGCCACACGUCGGCAAUCUCCACCAAGUGGAAUUUCUUUUUUUCUCAAGGCUGAUAUACGGGUAAACAUACCAUUUCCACGUCCGACGGUUCAUCAGGAGCCGAUUUCAUUACGUGCCUUUCUCCACGGUUGUGCAAAUUAUUCAAAUGUAUAAAAUUCUGUCUUUAAUAAAAAAAAAAAAAAAAUUUCAGUAAGUGCAGGGCAAGUCUUCUCACGAAUAUAUCAAACAAAUCUUAUUUUAUGUUACUGCACAAAAUUGAUUUUUUCGAUUCAUUUUUAUUUUUCAAUGUAAUUUCAGACACACCCUUUGUAUAUUUCUUAAGAAACAUUUGUAAAAACAUUUAUUUUAGAAAGUGAUAUAAAUUUUGUACGAUACUUUUUGA